GUGCUAUUUCCUCUUUUUUUCUUUAUAUCCUCCCCAUCAAGAAGUUCACUCCUACCCGCCCCCUUCAUCUCCCACCCAAGUCGCCGCUUGCGUGGAUUCCUGUCAUCUGAAAAAGCUGAUUUAACUUGUACUCUGGAGAGGUCGUGGAUCUGAUGGAUGGGAGCCCUAUGGGUGACAAAGCUAAAUGCCAGCACUUGAGUGAUGCUCAAGAUGUUAAGAACUGCAAGCAACUAUGUGAUCUACCCCAUGUGAUUCUUUUGCGCAUCCUGGCUUUUCUACCAAUGAAAGAUGCCGUGCGAACAAGUGUGCUGUCGAGACGGUGGGAGUAUUUGUGGACAUCCAUUCCUAGUCUUGUCUUUGGGGAACAAGAUGAAGAAGAUCAUCGUGGGAGGAUGCUCUUCAGGAACUUCGUGGAGAGAGCAUUGUUACUUCGUGACUUGUCUUCUAUGAAAACUUUUAAUCUCUGGUGCAAGGUUGACAGAGAAGAAUAUCUUGAUGGUGAUGAAUCUCGCGUCAAUUUGUGGAUUACUGCUGCAAUACGCCGUAAUGUCGAAGACCUCCGCCUGCACCUUAAAAUUGGUCAGGGUGCUACUGUAUACAGGUUACCUCGUUGCAUAUUUAGGUGUGAAACUCUGAGAGAACUCCAUCUAGUAAUGGUACAUGACCUCAAGCUUCCUUCCUUAGUUUGUCUUCCAAAUCUAAAGGUCUUAGUUCUUGCCGAAGUUCGGUUUGUUGCUGAUAAUUCAGUGGAGAAGCUGCUUUCAUGCCCUUCCCUUGAGAAGUUGUCUCUUGACUGUUGCAACUGGAAUCUUGAGGUUUUGCAAAUUUCUGCUCCCAACCUUUUGUACUUGAAUAUAUUAGAACAUACCUUAUCUUCUGGCAUCCUGAACGCCCAAGUAAGGAUCCAUGGAGCUUUUAUCAAGUCCUUUGACUAUUGUGGUGGCUUAUUAUAUGACUAUAACAUAUUGAGCUCACCCUCAUUAGUUGAGGCUUCCAUCAUGUGUGUUCAUGACGACAUUGAGGAAAACUUCCAUGAAGGCACCUACCAUUUGCAUAAGCUCUUGAAGGCUGUUUCUAAUGUAAAAGAACUGUUUUUCUCCAUUGAAAGCCUUGAGGAUAUGGAUGAGAGAGAGGAUAUUCUCAACUCCCUUCCGAUCUUCCCUAGUCUAACCAAAUUAAAAUUAGACAACUGUCACAUUCAUUUAGAAUGUAGAGCGCUUUUGAUGUUGCUCAGUAGAUGCCCUAUUUUGAAGAGUCUUGAGUACACUGGGAGCAUUCUUGUGGUCUCUAAAAAUGAUGACUGGACAUUGGACCCCAUGCCGCCGUGUUUUACAUCAUCGCUUAAGGAGAUCACGAUCAGUGGCUUCCAGGGGACUGAUUGGGAACUGUUAGCUGUAAGGAUUUUGCUAAGGACCGCUGCGGUUUUGGAGAAAUUGUCAAUCAACUCUUCGAAGCGCUGUCCGAGGAAUUUUCGAGGCAACUUGACAGAACACUUGAAUAAGCUCCCUAGAGCUUCAAGUCAAUGUACAAUCCUGUCAAAUUACUUCCACCAGGACUUCGUUUGACAUCCGUAAUUUGUUUAAAUUCGUACUUCUGCUCUGAGGACUCAGACUUUGUAAUCGUUUUGAGUCGGGACAUGUGAAUUUUGAGUUGUCUCUUACUAACUGAUGUAGGCAUCGUCUCGGAGGGACAACUUCAUCAUCCCACUUAACAAGUGAAUAUUCACAGUAUGUGUUGGGCUAUCUAUUGCUUCUCCCCAUCCCUUAACAGUCAGUGUACAUGUCAACGGUUGUCCACAAACAAUGGGUGAAACUUGUAAGAGCAUGAAUUAUAAUUAUUAUUAUUUCAU